GUGUGGAGUCUUGCGGACGCCCGGGUUUAGCCGCCACGUGAGUUCCUCGGUGUUAGCUGCAAGGCACAGUGGGCGGCAUGUCGGCGACCGUGGCGGCUCGAAAGCGGAGAAAGUCAGCCUCAGGAGCCGGGGCUGGUGCGGGGGCCGGCAAGCGGCGGCGAAAGGGCGACUCUUCUGGGGACAAGGGCAAGUUCAAGAGUGGCGGCAAGAUGAAUGAGGAAAUAUCCAGUGACUCGGAAAAUGAAAGCAUAGCUCCCAGGAAGACUGAGGAGGAGGAGGAGGAGGAAGAGUUGGAAGAGACUGCGCAGGAGAAGAAGUUGCGCUUGGCCAAGCUUUAUCUUGAGCAGCUCAAGCAGCAAGAGGAGGAGAAGGCUGAGGCCCGUGAAUUUGAGGAGGACCAGGUGGCGGGAAAACUGAAGGAGGACGUGCUCGAGCAGAGGGGCAGGCUGCAGAAGUCGGUGGCAAAGGAGAUCCAGGCCCCAGCCCCAGCUGACAUCCGAAUCUUACGGGGCCACCAGCUUUCCAUCACAUGUUUGGUUAUCACCCCUGACGACCUGGCCAUCUUUUCUGCCGCCAAAGACUGCACCAUUAUUAAGUGGAGCGUGGAGAGUGGACGGAAGCUUCAUGUCAUCCCUCGAGCCAAGAAGGGUGCUGAGGGGCAGCCCCCCGGCCACAGCAGCCACAUCCUUUGCAUGGCCAUCUCUUCUGAUGGCAAGUACCUGGCCUCAGGUGACCGCAGCAAGCUCAUUCUCAUCUGGGAGGCGCAGAGCUGCCAGCACCUGUACACCUUCACGGGACACCGGGACGCCGUGUCGGGGCUGGCGUUCCGUAGAGGCACCCACCAGCUCUACAGCACGUCCCAUGACCGCUCCGUGAAGGUGUGGAAUGUGGCAGAGAACUCCUACGUGGAGACACUCUUCGGGCACCAGGAUGCUGUGGCUGCACUGGAUGCCCUGAGCAGGGAGUGCUGCGUGACAGCGGGGGGCCGGGACGGGACUGUGCGUGUGUGGAAGAUCCCUGAGGAGUCUCAGCUUGUCUUCUACGGCCACCAGGGCUCCAUCGACAGCAUCCAGCUCAUCAACGAGGAGCACAUGGUGUCAGGUGCCGAUGAUGGCUCUGUGGCCUUGUGGGGCCUCUCCAAGAAGCGGCCGCUUGCCCUGCAGCGUGAGGCCCAUGGGCUGCGGGGGGAGCAGGGCUUGGAGCAGCCCUUCUGGGUGUUGUCAGUGGCGGCCCUGCUCAAUACAGACCUCAUAGCCACAGGCUCCCACAACAACUCUGUGCGGCUCUGGCAGUGCGGGGAGGGCUUCCGGCAGCUUGACCUUCUCUGUGACAUCCCCUUGGUGGGCUUUAUCAAUAGUCUCAAGUUCUCCAGUGCUGGGGACUUCCUGGUGGCCGGGGUGGGGCAGGAGCACAGGCUUGGCCGGUGGUGGCGGAUCAAAGAGGCCCGGAACUCUGUCUGCAUCAUCCCUCUCCACAGGGCCCCCAGGCCCCCGGCUGCUGGCUCCUGACACUCUCAUCCUCUUUAUUUAACUUCUUCCCAGGCCAUCCCCUGCCUUUGUAUUAAAAGCCUCCUCUUUUGG